AUGAGUGCACUGGUGGCCUACGAAAGUAGCAGCGAUGAAGACGAAGUGGCAGACCAGGAUGCAGGCCGAGAUCAAGUUGCCACCACAACAAUCGCAAAAGGACACCAUGAUCAGAAUGGUGAUAUUAAGUUCUUCGUCAAGCCUAGUGAGCCAAGUCCAGACAUUACUGCUCCCACUGCCAGCGUCGAUUGUGUGGCGCCUAUGGUAGGUCCAUCAAUGCCAAGUCAGAUGGAUAGCGAAGUCGAGCAAGAGGAUCCUUUAUCAGAACUUCAACAAUCCAUGUCUGAGCGAGAUAUAGUUCACCAGCUUACAUUCGCGUCGCAUCCCAUGGCGUCGCUCCCUCCGUCUCCGCCUGGCUCCCCCGACCCGGUGCUUGAAGUCAAGUUCAAGAAAUUUCUCGAUUUGAAGACGAAAGGAAUGCACUUCAACGAAGAUUUGGCUAGCAAAUCAGCAUUUCGUAACCCAGGCCUUCUUGCCACCAUGAUGGUCCGCAUAGGUCUGGACGAAGAAGAUCAAUACAGGACAUCAUUGCCUCACCAAGUUUGGAACCCUACAGGCUUCCCGAAGUCGGCGUACAAAGAAGAACUCCUUCGAGCCCAGCAGACUCUACGCGACCAAGAUUUGGCCGCGAAAAAGAGCCUGUCCGCGCAAGGGAAAAGAACGAUCGAGUUCAUGCCCGGAGGGAGGUCUGGGGACAGUAGCCGCGAUUCCACCCCAGGCAUGCCAAAUAAACGGAAGCGACCUUGAUUACGCAUCAAAGCAGAUCCGGGAUGCUUUUUCAGAUAACACCAGAGCCGACGAUAAUAAGCCUUGACAAAUUCAUCGUUUGGGCCUACUCUACAGUAGAUAGGAGAUUGCGUGGAAUGCACCAGCGAGCAUCCUUGACUUGGUUGGGAGCCAGCGCACACCUUGGAGCAAGCGAAUUUCGCAGUCGAUGGAUUUCUAGAGAAGGUGCACGACGCGCUCCAACUGGUUGCGCCAGAUCUCAAGUCGAUGUGAACAAAAUCGCCCGUCACAGUGGCCCCCUUCCAGAUUACGCUGAUUGGGCAUGACUCCAGCCAAUACCCAAGAUAGGUCUGGUAAGGACUCGGGUUCCUGCAGCUGAAACGACUCUGCAAUAUUAUUGCGUUCGGCCAACAGAAGAUUGAUGGGUCACAGGCAGUCUAGGGAGAAGAGAGAGCACAACAACAGUAUGGAGUACGAGUACCAAGUACGGAGUCAAGCAGACGACCGUUGACGCCUCGGAUCUUCAGGGUCCAUAUAACGAUCGACAGUGUGCGCGUCACGUUACGAGUGCUAAGGCAUGC